CAUUUAAGCCUCAUUGUCAUCUGGUUUCUGGCCUUGUUCUCAGUUGUUGUUGGGGCCUAUUGGUCUGGGACUGUCCGGCAUGAAUUAUAUUUGAUACAACAUGAGCAGGAAGGAGAACACAGAGAUGUUGCCCGAGAGCCAGUGUUGCCCCACGAAGAAACCUCCAUCAAUAUGACAGUGAGAAGCAUCUUAGGAUUUGUAGUGUUGAUGUGCAUCAUGCUGCUAUGUCUGUAUUUCCUCUAUGCUUAUCUGGUGUACAUCAUCAUUGCAAUGUUCUGCCUUGCCUCUGCCAUUGCUACAUAUUGCUGUCUUGAUCCAUUGGUGUCAAGAAUGCCCUGUGGCACAACCAGGACUCCAUACUUCAACAUAUACAUUGUACGUGGCACACUGAUGAUUCGCCAGAUAUUGCUUCUGAUAUUUGCCUUUGGACUGUCGAUCACCUGGGUGGUGCUAAGGAAGGAGCCAUGGGCUUGGAUCGAGAUAUUACUAGAUUAUUCACAUUUAUCUUUCAGCAUCAAUGUUUUGAAAAUGAUCCGUCUGCCGAGCCUAAAGAUCUGCACUUUCUUUGUGUGCCUUGAUCAACCAUUUUUGAUCAUCAUCCAUUUAACAUCCGAUGGUAAGAGCAUAAUGGUUGAGGUGGCCAAGGGAGGUCCAAGCCAGGAGCAGAUGCCAAUGGUGCUCAAAGUACCAAACUUCGACUAUGAGCUUUCCAAGAUUUGCGACUUGCAGGAGAAUUACAACCUGCUUGGUUUUGGAGACAUCCUCAUACCUGGGCUCCUCGUGUCUUUUGUGCACUCUUUCGACCUACAGGCAGGCACACCUUGCCGCCUCUACUUCCUUAUCAAUAUCAUAGGCUACGGCUCGGGCCUGGUGACCACCUUCAUCGCCCUGUGGCUCAUGAGCUUCGCCCAGCCCGCCCUGCUCUACCUCGUGCCCUUCACUCUCAUCCCCACCUUCAUCACCGCCGCCGCCAGAGGGGAGUUCAUGGCCAUGUGGCGCGGCGACUCCGACAAGUUCGACUGUGACGCCGACGCCGACGCGGAGUCGGUGGAGGAGACCCACAACACCGCCAACGCAACCGCCAGCGCAACCAUCGCCUCAGUGGACAGCUCGGCCGACACCGCCAGCCGCCGCUCUAACGCCAUCAGCCCCACGGCGGCCACCUAAGGGCCGCCUCGGCGCCGACGCGAACGGAAAGGAAGCGGGACCGAGCGGGUCGCCGCGAGCUGCCGCUGCCUCCGACCCUCGUCUCCGACAGGGCUGCCUCGUCCUCUCGUCGGCCGUUCUGUGCAAGCCGCACUGUCUGUUCUUUGAAGGCAUUCUCUCUCGUUUCAUCUCAUUUAGACUUGGAGUUAGGAGCGACUUUGGAUAAUACUCGGCCGCGCAGCACCCCCCGUCCGCGAAGGAAGCCUUGCCUGGAGGCGCCUCCGGACCUGCAGGUCCCUCUGAGCUUGCGGCCGCAGCACCCACCUGCGGCGGCCGGCGGCGGACGGGCCUCGGGUCGUCUUUCUCUGGCUGUCACAAAGGUUCCCCCUUCUCCUGGGACCCUUUUUCCUUCAGCCCUAUUUCGACUUUCACCUGCUCCGUCAUUUCUCAUUGCCCUCUUGCCCUUUUCCUCCUCCUCCUCCUUCCCACCUUCAUCUCUUUCUUUCCCUAUUCUUCUUUUUCUUCUUUUUCUUAUAAUUCCUCCUCUGUCUCUUCAUCCUCUCUUUCCCUUUUCUUUCCCUCUUCUUCCUUUUCUUCAUUUUCCUCAUAUUCUUCCUCUUCCUCCUCCCCCUCCUCUUACAACUACUACUACUACUACUACUACUACUACUACUACUACUACUACUACACUUCUUCCUCCUCCUCCUCCACCUCCUCCUCCUCCACCUCCUCCUCCUCCUCCUCCUCCUCCUCUUCCACCAGCCUUUCCUUCUUCCUCCGCACUUCUGCAGCUCCUCCUCCCUCCCCCGGUCUACCAAUCUGAGGGCAUCGCAAGUGUGCCAAAGAAACGCCUCGCGCUGAAGUAGAGGGACGAGGGCGAGCGUGAGGCCUUGCGACGCAGGAGGUCUUGCGCGCUCGCGGGCAGGAGGCGGGCGAGGGGCAGAGAGACGAAGGGAAGAGAGACGAAGGGAAGAGAGGGUUAGAUGGGAAAGGGAGAGAGAAGCGGAACGGAAGAAGUAAAGAAAAUCGGAAAGAAGAACUUUAAGGAAUUAUAGAAACGAGAGUAAUUGGAGGAGACCGGUAAGAAAGGAAAUGAAAGGUGAAAAGUGAAUGAAUAGAUGUUACGAAAUCUGUAGCAGGUGAAUCAUUUCCUGUAAUUCAGGAAACGAAAUCCGGAAGACGAAACGCCGGACUACAAAGAAAACGAAAGUUAAGCAAACGGAAGAAGGGAAGAAAACGACGGAUACUCAAGCUGCAAGAAAACAGGCCUUGGCGAGGAUUCAAACUUUGAAGUUUUUCCAGCCGCGGAGAGCCAGCGGGUGUUGCCAACUUAGUAGUCAUAGUAUACAUGAUAGAUGGCAAUUAGAUAUCAUUUUUUUCUCUCUCUCAAUUCAUUACUUCACAUUCACUGCCGUUGCAUGUUGUGACAACAGUUAUGUACAGGGGGCUUGGCCUUAGAGAGGGCUAUAGUAUUGUUGUCUCUAUAUUAUUUUUUUUAUUAUUAUUAUUUUAUUAUCGUCAUCAUCAUUGUUAUUACAUUAUUACUGUUUUAUGAUAAUUGAAAUUAUUUUCAUUGCUACUCCGAUUCUCAGUCUCAUAAGCUUGCCUUUAUGCCGCACGUCUCCAGUGCCUACAGUGUCGCCAGAGGGAAUCGCAAGCCAGCUGGCCCGGCGGCCGGGCUCUGCCCCUCCAGCUGGGCGCCGGCGACAGCUUGGCUUCCUUAUGCCCGUCGAGGUGACUCUUACGCUGCAGGGACAAAGUGAGAUGCAGAGGCUUUGUAAGAUCUUGGCUGAGCUUGACGAGCAGACGGCCCAAGACACUUGAGUUGCCCUGCGCGCGAGAGCGCAGUCUUCGAGAACAGUAUUCUGCGUUUCUGCGCGAUUUUGAGGUGGUGAGUUGCGUUCCGCGUCGCCUUCGUUGCACCGGCGAAGGCUUGUCGAAAUCUUGGUCGAUAUGUCGCAUUCGUCGUUGCUUUAGUUAGGUUUUAUGAAAUAAAUGUCUUUUGGUUUGAAUAGGUGUCGGUUCAAGCACAACCGUUGUUUGUAUGAAGUGGCUAACACCAGAUUUUUAUUCAGUAUUGUCUAACACAGUCUUAGACUUUCCACAUGAAAACACAUUUUAACCGUGACCCCAAGAUCUGAACGUCCAAACAUACACAGCAUGUAUUGACUCAACGCCUACUUACGAAUCCGCACAAACACGUUUGGUUUUAGGUUUUCGUCUGAUAUUAUUUUAGUGCCUACAAUGCCUUAGAAAGCAUUAUGUAUUAUAUUGAGGUGUAUGUUUUAAGUUUACCAUUGAAUUGUAUAUUAUAGCUCCCAUGAGAUUUUAAGAGAUUUUUCUUAGAGGCAUUAAGAAUUCUCAAGAAAAAAUAUCUAAUUUACCCUGGCAAAAAAAUCUUAUUUUUUAAAUUUAAACGUAUUUGUAUGAAGGCAGGGCACUGUCGCACCACGUUUGUCCCGCAUGUGUGGCGCUCGCAACCGCCUCGCACGCCCGCUCGCCUGGCCUCGGCCUCGCAGGUCUCUUGCGCCCGCGGGAACCAGGCGGGAUCCUGGUGCGGUUUGGCUGUUCCCGGGCUUUCCCUCCUCUUUUACUUUAAAUACUCUCUUAUUCUUUUCAUCUCCUCCUCUCUCGCUUCUUCUUUUUAGGAUUUCGCACCCGGGAAACUGUGGAGAAAUAACCAUUCGAUUGCUUGUAUAUGUGUCACGGGAGGCGGUCCUGAGGCGGUUCCUCGAAACUAAGGAGCCAAGCCUGGCGCCGGCGUGAAUGGAUUAUCAAGAAGCUACUCAUAAAUCUUAUCCUUUGAGUUUUUUGUGCGUCAGAUGCUGACUGGUACUAGUUAUCCUUAUCUGCUGCAGACCAGGACAGCUGGGGCUGUCAUGGACGCACAUUAAAUGAUUCUCUGAAUGAGUCGGCGAAGUUUCGCGACUCCGUAGUGUAUCUGCAACACGGGACGGGAGUACUGGUUAAAGUGCGGUUGCCAUUAACAUGUUCUUUGCACUUCAUUUCCAAAUAUAAUAUUCGCAAUUUGUAUUUGAUCUUACGUAAGUUAUUGUACAAGAAAAUAUUAAAUAUUUUGGUAUA